UCACUGCAGAGAACAGGCAGAAGAAAUAUGCCAAAGGCCUGCUUGGUGGGACCCCAGACUCCAGAUGGCACCAGCCCGUGAGAGUUAUACAAAGAAUGAAGUAGUGACUCUGAGCUGCAACAAUGGUUCCCAGCCAUCUUUCACUCACAUCAAAUGUGCAGAGAGGGUUCAGCCAUGGAAUUAUUCUAGAUCUCUAAAUGCAGAUGUGUGGCUGGGGAGGAAAAGCAGUGAUGUCUGGAUUCACAUUGAGGGGAACAUAGAGUGCAUUGAGAAAUGCCAGAAGCCUCAGUGGGACCCCAGGUUUAUCUUUGACCAAGAACAGGAGACCUUCAACCCAAAUGAAGUGGUGAAUGUGAGAUGUCCUGAGGGGCACAGGCCUCCACCCAUGGAGAUCAAGUGUGUGAAGCUGAAGCCAAGGAAAGGUUCCACGGUUGGUCGCAGUGGCUGGAUAGUGAGGAAUGGCACAGGCAGCUGGCACCCUAUGGAGGAGAGCUUGACCUGUGUGGAUGUCCUCCAGGUUGUUCCUGAGACCCUGAAGAUUACCAGCACCAGCAUCAAACUGAAUUGGACCUGCAUGCUCCCUGACACCUGCCAGAAUAUUCGGGCCAGGUGCCGGCUGGAGGGGCAUUCUUCUCCUCCCUGUGAGGCUGAGGAGGUGAAGGGAGAGGAGAUGUUACAAGGUCAAGAGGGAACUUUCACAUGCCCGCCUUUGCAGCCCUUCACUGUUUAUAGUGUCACUAUCUCCCAGCUGCCCAGCACAAUCCUGUACACACGGUUCCUCAGGACAAAGGAAUCAGUGCCAGACGAACCAGAGAAUCUGCGGCUGGAUCCCACCUUGGGAUCUCUUGGGUGGAAGGCACUGCCCUCCUGCAAAGGGGAGAUCAUUGGAUACCAGCUGAACAUCACCACCAUGAGAGCAGACGACGACAGCUUCCUUGAAUUCAAGCAGGUGUUGGUGAACCAGUCGGUGACUGAGUACACCCCCCCCCAGACAGCUGGAAGAAAAUACGUGGUGACUGUGCAGGGCCUCACAACAGCUGGUGCUGGGGCUGCAUCAAUGCUGGAAUUUCAAGUCUUGGUUGCAGGGCAGCCUCUGGGCCCAUGGCCUGGGUCAGCGGUCACGGUAGUCGUGGUGGUGCUGGUGCUGGUCCCCUUGUCUGCAGGGAUCCUGUGGUUUGUGCUGUCCAGGAAAAAGAAGGUCUUGACCAGCAAAGUUGAGGAGGAUGAUUACACAGAGCUCCAGCCCUAUGAGAACGUACAUGAGGAUAAUUACUGCGUGAUCAAGACUUUUCUGGCACAGAAAGAUGCAGAAACGUGCCAAAGGCCCCCUUGGGCCUCCAUCUUCCAGCUGGCACCAGACCAGGAGAGCUACAGGAAGAACGAAGAAGUGAUGCUGAGCUGCCCCGAAGGUUUCCAGCCAUCCUUCACCCAUGUCAAAUGUUCGAGUGAAGUCCAGUCCUUCAUUGAUGGGAAACCUGUCCACAGAGAGGUUUGGCUUGGAAGACAUACCAGAGGUGCCUGGAUUCGCAUUCGCUCCAGCAUGGAGUGCCUUGAAGUGCUUCAGGUUGUCCCCGGCACCUUUGAGAUCUCCAGCACCAGCAUCAAACUGAACUGGACCUGCAGGUUCCCUGGUGCCUGCCAGGGCAUGCGGGCCAUGUGCCGCCUGGCAGUGCCUUCCUCCCCUCCCUGCCAGGCUGAGGAGGUGGAGGGAGAGGAGAUGUUACAUGGCCAGGAGGGAACAUUCUCCUGCUCCCAGUUGCAGCCCUUCACUGACUACAGUGUCACCAUCUUCUUGCACCCCAACAUGACCCUUUUCUCAUGGUUGUUCAGGACAGAGGAAACAGUGCCAGACAAACCAGAGGAAGUGUGGUUGGAUACCAGCAGAGGGUCCCUGAGGUGGAAGGAGCUGCCCUCCUGCAAAGGGGAGAUCAUUGGAUACCAGCUGAACAUCACGGCCAGGAGCACACGGGAUGGAGGCUUCCUGGAGAUGGAGCGGCUGCAGGUGAACGGCUCCGUCACUGAGCACCGGCUGCCGGAGCACGGCCCUGGCAGCAGCUAUGUGGUGUCGAUUCAGGGACUGACGGCUGCCGGGGCCGGAGCUGCGUCGCUGUGGGAGUUUCAGAGCACAGACAACCAGCACCCUCUGGGCAUCAGCUGCCGCAGCGUCCCUGACAUCUCCCCAUCCCAAGGGACGGCCGUGCUUCCCCUCCAACCCAUCACCACGGAGGGGGUCGGGGAGCACCAGCUGGUCGUGGCCAUGACACACAACAGCUCAGGGAUUGAAAGCGCCUGCUUGGGGCAGCCACAGCCCUUCAGUGCCAGCCAGCAGCCCUUCAACACCACCCAGCAGCCCUUCAACACCACCCAGCAGCCCUUCAACACCACCCAGCAGCCCAGAACCUACGUGGCCGCUGUGCUCAACCUCACCGCCCCCAUGGACUUCGUUUUGGGCAACGGCACCUGGGGGCAGGGCUACCACAACGCUGCCCUGCGCCCCGGCUGGGACUACACGGCCCUUCUGCGCCUCGUCCGCCGCUCACCGCAGUCAGAGAAGUUCACCUGUGUCUGCUACAGCUUCUCUAUUGUUGCAGGGCAGGCUCCGGGCAUGUGGCAUUGGACUGUGAUUGGGCUGGUUGUGCUGUUGGUACUCCUCCUCGUGACUGCAGUGAUCCUGUGGCUCGUGCUUUCCAGGAAAAAGAAGUAUGUGCCCAACAAAGCUAAGGAGGAUAACUAAAAAGGUAAAGGUGGCUAGGCUAGAGAUCAGUCACUCCAGCCGCUGGCCAGGUCCAUGGAGACAUUUAGAGCAGAGAAGGAGUGGAGAAAAUGAGAAGGAUGACCCCAGCUCGGUGCUGAUGGCUGCUGUGUCCCCUUGGUCUCCUGUGACUGUGACAGCGUGGGAGUCCAAUUCAAUUCAUCUAAUUUAGCAGGGCAAGAUGAAAACAGGAGACAAAAGAGGAUUGUGAGCUUUUUCUUUCCUCAGCACCUUCACCUCCCAGCUUUUGCUUACUGCUUUUUUAAGGCCUUUGAAUUUGACUUUCUGCAGUUCCUUUUUUCAGGUUUGCUUUCAUUUUUGCUUUCCUGGAAGCAGGAUUUGUAUUUCAGAUUUCCUAAUCCCAGACUCACACAGGCUCAGGCUGAUGGCAUUCUCCUGCCAUGCCCUGGGUUCCCAACUCUUCUCCUCCAUCUCUGCUGAUAUUCAGCCAAACAUAGGGAUUUUCUGGAACUUGGCCUGACUGGACUGCUUUGUGACUCUGCCUG